GGAAGGCUGGUGCUGGGAUGCUGUCAUGUGACUUGCCAGCUGGAGUGCCCCGCCCUCGCUCCCCAGGGCUCUGUCCCAGAGCCAUCUCUCAAGUCCCUGGGCUCCUGGUUACUGUUCUUGCUUCUCUCAGGACAGGAAAAUAAAAAUCUGGACAUGGAAGAACUCUCGAGGGAGAAGGAAGCAAUGCCUUCGAUGCAAGGACAGAGGGAAAAGGGUAAAGCGCCACAGGAGGACGGACAGACAGAAGUAGCCUUUUCUCUGGGAGACAAAGAAAUGUCAGAAAACCAGGCAAAGGCAGGAGAUGAGGGGAUGCUGCCAAAGCGCCAGGAGCAGCCAGAGCCUGAGAGAAAAGCAAAACAGGAAGGAAGACCAGAGAGCCAGGCAAAGCCAGAAAGUAAAGGAAGCUCUGCAGGAAAGCGCCCAGCUGAGGACCACCUGCCCAGAAAAGCCAAAAGAAAAACCAACAAGGGGCUGGCCCAUUGCCUCAAGGAGUAUAAAGAGGCCAUCCACGAUAUGCACUUCAGCAAUGAGGACAUGAUUAGAGAAUUUGACAACAUGGCAAGGGUCAAGGAGGAUGAGAGGAAGAACAAGCAGAAGAUGGGGCGGAUCUUUUGGAUGCAAAGAAGUUUGCAGGACCCCUUCUACCCAAGGGGCCCGAGGGAAUUCAGGGGUGGCUGCAGGGCCCCGCGAAGGGACACUGAAGACAUCCCUUAUGUUUAGUUCCCGGGCAGCAUCUGCUGCGCAGAGUGCUCUAACUUAUGCUGCUGCUUCGAUUUAGGCUUUCCUCCUGAUAGCUGCAGCCUGUUUGACCCUUCUGCCUGCCAUGUUCAGAUUCCAGUGUAGUCUGUUUCCCCUCACUGCGUGGAAAAAGUAAUACUCAGAGUGUGUUGUCAAAUUCAAGGACAUGAGCCUCAGAACCCUCUAUGUGGCAUCAGCCUACUUCUGUGAAACUGCAACAGAUAGUAAUGUACACCGAGCAAACAAGUCUGAAAAUUACUUGUGUGGUUCUUUUUGGUUUUGUCAAUAGUUUAUUGUCUCCUAAGAUGGCUGCUCCUUCUGGGCAUAAGAUACAGGAGUUGGGAACUAGCCCUAAGCAGUCAGAACACUGUGCAUGUGGGAAGUGGAGUCCUUGCAGUAAAAUAGGAGGCAAUGUUUGUAUUACUCCUGGAGCUCCAUGGUGGAAGAAUCAAUCUCUCCUUUAGUGCUGUAAGGCAGAGCCUUGCCAUCUGUGAAAUGGGGAUAAAUCUUACCAUGCAAGGUUGUGGAGAGGAGUGUAGGAAGCAGUGAGAAUGUGAACGGCCAUGGUUUGCUCCUUGCCUCCUUCCCUGCACUAAGAACUCUGGAACUUGGUUAGACACUUGUGGCUGGGCUAAGAGAGGUCUCCACUUUGCUCAGGAGUAAGUCCGGAUAACUGCGAGUCCAUGCCAUGUCUCCCUGGUCCUAUGCCUCUUGUCACAGUUCCUCCCUCCUCUGGGGACACUGUGGUGACCUGGAGGCUCUGCAUGAGAAAGGAAUCCUUUAGCCCAACCACAGGGUAGAGACUCCCAAUCUGACUCCAAUAAAAUUAUCUUCCCCUCGUU